AUCUCUCUCUCUCUCUCUCUCUCUCUCUCUCCAGCCAUGGCAGAAGAAUACUCCGUCGCCGAUCCAACUCAGCUCCUCGAAGCUUCUUCCGAGUUCGCUAACUAUCCCGGAGUUCAAACCGACGCUUCCGCCAAGGAGUUUCUGGACCGCUUCCCCCUCCCUGUCAUCCUCAAUGCUUUACAGACGAAAGCCGAUGUGCCUGGUCUGGAAGAUACGUUGGUUGCUGUGUUGGAGAGCGUUUUCAAGACGAGAUAUGGUGCUUCACUGCUUCCACAGUAUAUGCCUUUCAUACAAGUUGGUCUGACGGCAAAUUCGCAGAAAGUCAAAGCUUUAGCUUGUAAAACGGUGACUCGUCUUCUCGAAAGUGUGAAUGACUAUGCUGUUUCUGCACAUCUUAUAAUUGACAACAAUAUCUAUUUUCUAUUGAUCGAUUGCCUUAUCAAUGGAAAUGAACAAGUUACAACUUUGGCAACUGAAGCAAUAGCGAAGAUAGCUGGUAGUCCAGCAGGCAUAGAUAUUGUUUUCCCAUCUGAUACCAAUGAAGCUACACAUCUUGGAAAGUUAGCAUCUGAAUGCUCAUCAUUGGGACGGAUCCGCAUUUUGGCUUUGAUUGUGAAGCUAUUCUCCAUCUCCCCUCAUGUGGCCUCAGUGGUAUCAAAGUCAAAUCUACUUAGACUUUUCGAAGCAGAAAUUAAUUCCAAUGAUACCCUUUCAACCUUAAAUGUUAUGGAGCUUUUAUAUGAGUUGUCAGAGAUCGAGCAUGGUAGACCUUUCUCGUCAACAAGCACCCUUUUGCAGCUUCUUAGUUCUAUAAUAAGUGACCAAUCAAUGGAUCCAGUUUUAAGAUCAAGGGCGAUGACGAUCGGUGGAAGACUGCUGUCAAAUGGGAAUAACAUUUUUUCUGAUGAAUCUAGUGCAAAGACGGUAGUAUCAGCCAUAGAUAGAAUUCUCAGUUCAUCAGAAACUCAUGAUACAGAUGAAUGUGAAUCUGCUCUUGAAGCCCUGGGUCAAAUAGGGUCAUCAAUGCAAGGAGCACAUUUGCUAUUGUCAAGCUCACCACCAGCUGCAAGACAUGUAAUAUAUUAUGCCUUUGAUAGGCAGGGACAUGGUAGACAAUUGGCUGCCUUGCAUGCCCUUGCAAACAUCUCUGGAGAAACUCGAACUGAGAACAGCAUAAUACUGACUAAUGAUGCUGAGGAAAGCCUACGACGCUUGAUUUAUGAAACCGCAUCGAAGAGCUCAAAGCUGACCCCAUCAGGUCUAUUCCUAUCAGUUCUCCAACAGGAUCCAGAGACUCGUUUGGCGGGUUAUCGAGUGCUGACUGGCUUGGGGGUUCGCCCAUGGUGCCUCAUGGAGAUUUGUUCAAAACAAGAGAUAAUAAAUAUAGUGACUGAUGCUGCUAUGGAGACCACAAAACUAGGCAUGGAAGCAAGAUAUAAUUGUUGCAAAACUAUCCAUACGGCUUUUAACAUGUCCAGUAAACUUUCAAGCGACCCAGCACUUGGUGGCAUUGCAGCAAAGCUGCAUGAAGCUGUGAGACUGGGUCCUUAUCUUGCUAGGAAGCAUCGGGAAGCUCAACCUACAGUGGUGACAGCCGACAGAUUCUAGAUUAACAUCAACAGCUUUGUGCAGCUUGUAGAUUAAUCUUAACACCUGUUGUUUCACAGAAGUUUGUUAUUAUGCAGUGAUACACACUUCCCUCAUACUUGGAAGGUCAAGUCGAAUGGAUUUUGAAAAAGAAUGUAGUGUCUUGAACUUAGGAUUAGGUCCGAGCUGUAACUUGGUUUUGACUAAAAAGCACC